AUGAAUAUUAUCCUGGAACAUACUGAAGAUGGAGUUACUAUUCCUCACAGAACCUAUCUGAAAACACCUACUGAGUUCUCGGAUGAGGAUAAUGAGCUGAUAAAUCUGGAUGUAACUCUACAGCUCAUUCUGAUCGAAUCAUUGGAUCCAAUAAUGUACAAUAAUGUUGUCAAUUGUACAAGUGCUAAGCAGAUAUGGGACACUCUGCAAAUUAUCAAUGAAGGAUCUGAGGAAGUACGGGAAAACAAGAAGGAAAUUCUUGUGGCUCAAUAUGAGCAAUUUGGUUCUAAUCCCGGAGAAGGAAUUUCUGAAGUAUUCAUCAGAUUCAACAAUUUGAUAAACAAUCUGAAUCUGAACGGGAAAUACUACGACAACAAAGAGAUGAACCUGAAGUUUUUGCUGACACUCCCUGAGCAUCUGGAGCAUAGGAUAACCGCCAUCAGAGAAAGCAGAGAUUUGACAGAGAUCUCAUUGGAACAGCUGUAUGGGGUUCUGAAAACCUAUGAAUUGGAACAGGCUCAAACUAAACAGAGAUACGGAUGGGGAAAGACACUGAACACGUCUACGUCUGUCAGUAAUUCUACUGCCCUCAUAAUACAAUCACCUCUUGUGAAAGAAAGGAAGGUUGUUGUACCUUCAAGAAGCUCCCAAGAGUAUGUUGUGCCGGAAAUGGGACAUACUUCAGUAAGUACGGGAGAUGAUGAAUUUUACUCGAUGGAAGAGUUUGAUCAGCUGGAGGAUGAAUCUCUUGCUAUGUUUGCCAGGAAGUUUGGCAACAUGAGAUUCAGGAAGAAUCCCUCAUACAGAUUUAAAUCUUCUGGUAAUAAAUUCCAGAAAGGGGGAUCUUCGUCCACUUCAAAAGGGGCUUAUAAGACUGGGAUGGUUGAUCGAAGCAAGUUUAAAUGUUUCAACUGUGAUGAGCCUGGUCACUUUGCAUCGGAGUGCAAGAAGCCCAAUCAGCUGGCAAAGAAGGAAGAAUCUUAUGACGAGCUAAAGCAGAAAUAUGAGGCUCUGCUAAAGAAGCAUCAAGGCCAAAGCAUCCAAGGGAAGUCCUAUGUGGCAAAAGGAAAAAGCUGGGAUGACACAGAUAGUGAAGAGGAGGAAGAGCGGGGGAAUGUUGCUCUAAUGGCUUUCAUGGAACCUUCUAAACCUCCACAUCGCACUGGUGGAUUUCCGGUAGAUCCUACUUGCCCUAAACUAUUUAUGCAAUUAGGACUUGAACGUGAUGACGCUCGUAAUAAGCUCAAAGCUCUGACUCUUGAACACAAAGCUUUAAAGCAAGAAGUUCAUGAGUUAAAGUUAAAAGAAAAACUUGUUCUCACCCCUAAAAUUGAACAACUAACUAGUCAGUUAUUGACUCAGACUAAUAAAGUCGAAGUGUUAGAAUUUAGGGAGAAAAAGUUGAAUGAGCAGUUAGCUGAAGAGAAGGUUAGGUGCCUUGCUUAUAAGGAGUCGACUAAUAUUGUUAAGAACCUAGUUGACCAACAAGUGAUUAAAAGGAAAGUUGAAAACACAACACCUAGAAAGCACAUGAAUAGUAAGUUUGCAAAAACCAAGACUGCUGGUCCUUCUCCUAUCAAGAAGGAUACUUAUGUUCCUAAGCCUAAACCUAAAGUGUUCAAGGCUGUUUGUAGGAAAGUAAGUACAGUCAAGGUGGAUGCUAAUGUUAUUCGAACAGGAUCUAUUGUCAAAGCUGACAAAGGUCAAUUCUUUAAGGAGCCAAACAAGGUUGAAAAGGUUGUAUGGAUCCUCGAUAGUGGAUCUUCUAGAUAUAUGACCGGUGAUAGAGCCCUGCUAUCAAAUGUGAUUGAGAGAGCUGGCCCAAUUGUCACCUUUGGAGAUAACAGCAAAGGUCGUACUAUGGGAUAUGGCAAUUUACAUGCUGGAAAUGUUAUCAUUGAAAAAGUUUCUUUGGUUGAAGGACUCAAGCACAAUCUUCUGUGA